AUGUCCGAUAAUGAGUUGCUGUUUGAAUUGGAACUUACAAAAUUACCUUCAAGGAGAGUAAAAGACCCCAUUUCUGCAGCGGAAAAAUUGGCAGUUACCUUGAGGUAUAUGGGUGAAUCAUUACGAUCUUUAUCGUUUGGUUUUCGAAUUUGUCACACCUACAUAAGUAGAAUUCUUAAAAAAACUUUGGCUGUAUUGAAAGCAAAAUUAAUACCAAUAUUUUUGAAAGACCCGAAAAACGUAGAUUUUAAAGGCAAAGCUGCAGAAUUUAGUUGUAAAUGGAAUUUUCCAAAUUGUAUUCUGGCAAUCGAUGGGAAACAUAUACGUAUACGUAGUCCAAAAAAUUUGGGAAGUUUAUUUCAUAAUUACAAGGAUUUCUUUUCCAUUGUGUUAUUGGCAAUGGUUGAUGCAAACUAUAAAUUUAUAGUAGUAGAUAUAGGUUCUUAUGGAAAGGAAGGUGACAGUGGCAUUUUCCUAAAAUCAACUAUGGGCAAACAAAUUCUGAACGGAUCAUUUGGUUUUCCGGAAGAUUCUACACUACCUGGGUCUAGCAUAGUCGUACCCCACGUGAUUGUUGGUGAUGAAGCGUUCAGGUUGCAUAAACAUAUAAUGAAGCCAUAUACAAAGAAAGCUGGUAGAGACGAUGUAACAACAACCAUUUUCAAUUAUAGACUAAGUCGAGCAAGAAGAGUCACUGAAAAUGCUUUUGGUUUAUUGAGCCAAGUUUUUAGAGGGUUUUAUCAGCCGAUAAAUUUAGAUACAUCAACUUGUGAAGAUCUUAUUUGGGUUGCGUGUUGCUUGCACAAUAUGUUGAGAACUGGUUACAUGGAAAAAAAUAAUCACCCAUUUUACGACUACGAAGAUGAACAAUCAACACCAACAAAUAACAUGUUACCAUUAUCAAGAGGAGGUGGAUUUAUCAACAUUGAAGGUUUUGAUGUAAGAGAGCGUUUCAAGUCAUACUUCAAUAAUGAAGGCUCUGUACCAUGGCAAUUUUGUAAAUAA